GUGAGGAUGACUAGUCUACUAUUCCCACGCCGACUCGGAUAACAAAAAUAACCUCGUUACGUUGCUUAGUUUUCAGCGUGGGUCUUUUACAUCAAAUUUACAGGUUCAAGCUGUAGUUGUGGAUCUGUGUCGAAUGAAACGUCGUUGAAUGGAGUUUUUAAGAGCGCGAGACAUGAACCUGUGGAUUGAGCUUUAGACGUGAACUUGGCACUGAAGAAGCAGCACCCCUCAGUUCUUUCAAAGAUACAGACAGUAAAUGCCGGGCUCGUCGAUGUGGGAGAUCAGCGCGUGGAAACUGACUAGCUUAUAAUGCCCUCAUCCACACGAAAGGGUGCUCUGAAGGAUCCGGAACUCGCUGACCUCUUCUUCAAAGAUGACCCCGAGGACGUGUUCUGCGACCUUCACGAGAUCGGCCAUGGCAGCUUUGGGGCGGUCUACUUCGCCCGAAACUCCUACUCCAAUGAAGUGGUUGCCAUCAAGAAGAUGUCUUAUAAUGGAAAACAGACCACAGAGAAAUGGCAGGACAUCAUCAAAGAGGUCAAGUUUUUGGUACAGCUACAACACCCAAACACCAUCGAAUACAAAGGCUGCUACUUGAAAGACAACACUGCCUGGCUGGUGAUGGAGUACUGCCUGGGUUCUGCCUCGGACCUGUUAGAAGUCCAUAAGAAACCACUCCAAGAGGUUGAAAUUGCUGCCAUAGCACAUGGUGCCUUAAUGGGGCUGGCUUACCUACAUUCCCAUAACAUGAUUCACCGGGAUGUGAAAGCUGGAAACAUUCUCCUGACUGAGCCAGGCCAGGUCAAACUGGCAGACUUUGGGUCCGCCUCCAUAGCCUCUCCUGCCAACUCUUUUGUAGGAACCCCUUAUUGGAUGGCCCCUGAGGUGAUCCUGGCCAUGGAUGAGGGCCAGUACGACGGGAAAGUGGACAUCUGGUCUCUGGGAAUUACCUGCAUUGAGCUGGCGGAGCGGAAACCUCCUCUCUUCAAUAUGAACGCCAUGAGUGCCUUGUAUCACAUAGCCCAGAAUGAGUCUCCCACGCUCCAGUCCAAUGAGUGGUCGGACCCUUUCCGGAGUUUUGUCGACUACUGCCUACUAAAAACUCCUCAGGACAGGCCGUCAUCAGCGGAGCUACUGAGGCAUGAUUUUGUCCGGCGGGAGCGUCCACCCCGGGUUCUCAUUGACCUCAUCCAGCGGACCAAGGAUGCCGUGCGAGAGCUGGACAACCUGCAGUACCGCAAGAUGAAGAAGAUCCUCUACCAGGAGAAGCACAAUGGACCAAUGGGAGAGUCCCAAGAAGAGGAGGAGGACGGAGAGCAGGCGAGCUGUAAGAUGAACAGUUUGGGCAGUAAUCACUCUGUGCCCAGCACAUCAGUCAGCACAGGCAGCCAAAGCAGCAGCGUCAACAGCCUGCAGGAGGUCGGAGAUGACGCCUGCGCAGACAUGACCAUGAUGCACGACUACGACAGCACCCUCGAGUCGUCCGCACACCCCAAAAAGGAUCAGCAGUACAUUCGGGAGGACGGUGGACCUCGUGAACACAGAUUUGAGCCGCAGCCGGCCUCCAUGAACAAGAGCCGCGCGCACAACUUCAUCAACCGAGAACGUUUCGCCACCAUCAAAUCCGCGUCUCUGGUCACGCGGCAGAUCCACGAACAUGAGCAGGAAAAUGAGCUUCGGGAGCAGAUGUCCGGUUAUAAACGAAUGAGACGUCAGCAUCAGAAACAACUCAUCGCCCUGGAGAACAAGCUGAAAGCCGAGAUGGACGAACAUCGGUUGAAGCUUCAGAAAGAGGUGGAGACCCAGGCCAACAAUGCCUACAUCGAACUGGAGAAACUGGCCAAGAAACACGCCAUCUACACAGACAAAGAGAUGAAGACAGCUGCAACAGAUGAAAAGAAGUUUCAGCAGCAGAUCGUCGCUCAGCAGAAGAAGGAGCUAACCACUUUCUUAGAUAACCAGAAAAAACAGUACAAACUCUGCAAGGAAAAGAUUAAAGAGGAGAUGAAUGAAGACCACAGCACACCCAAAAAGGAGAAGCAGGAGCGCCUGUCCAAACACAAGGAGAACAUUCAGCACUCUCAAGCCGAGGAGGAGGCGCAGCUCCUCAGCCAACAGAGAGUCUUCUACGACAGGAACUGCCGAGCAUUCAAACGCAAGAUCAUGACCAAGAGACAGGAGCUGGAACAGGAGCAGUUACGCGAGGAGCUCAACAAGAAGAAGACACAGAAGGAGAUGGAGCACGCCAUGCUGAUCAGACAUGACGAGUCGACUCAAGAGCUGGAGCAGCGACAGCUGAAGACUCUCCAGAAGCUCCGUAUGGACCUGAUCCGCCUGCAGCACCAGACGGAACUGGAGAACCAGAUCGAGUACAACAACAGAAGAGAACGAGAACUUCAUAGGAAGCACGUUCUGGAGCUCCGGCAACAGCCUAAGAACCUGAAGGCCAUGGAGCUGCAGAUAAAGAAACAGUUCCAGGAUACAUGCAAGGUUCAGACCAAACAGUACAAGGCCCUGAGACAUCACCAGAUGGAGGUGACGCCCAAGAGUGAACACAAGACCGUGCUGAAGGCCCUGAAGGACGAGCAGACGAGAAAACUGGCCAUCCUUGCGGAACAGUACGAACAGAGCAUCAAUGAGAUGAUGGCCUCACAGGCACUGCGACUGGACGAGGCCCAGGAAGCUGAGUGUCAGGCUUUGAGGCAGCAGCUGCAGCAGGAGAUGGAGCUGCUCAACGCCUAUCAGAGCAAGAUCAAGAUGCAAACCGAGGCCCAGCACGAGCGUGAGCAACAGAAGCUGGAACAGAAAGUGUCAUUGCGCAGGGCCCAUCUGGAACAAAAGAUCGAAGAGGAGCUGGCCUCCCUUCACAAGGAGCGGACGGAGCGGAUAAAGCACCUCCUGGACAGGCAAGAGAGAGAGAUCGACGUGUUUGAUAUGGAAAGUUUACGCCUGGGCUUCGGGAACCUGGGAGCUGUGGACUACCCUAAGGAUGACUACAGAUAAGAUCCCUCCCCCCAGGAACUGCCUCUUCCCCUGGUCCUCCACUUUUUAAGCGAAAAACAAACAGAGAGGAAAAAAAAAAAAAGACAAAAUUUGUUUUGCUACUGACACCACUCUGGACUAGUGCCUGUACU